CAGCUGCAGAGGCUGGAGAAGCGCCUGCGCACUGCAGGGGCGCCAGAUUUGGCGGGAGGGGGAGUGUCCAAAAAGCCCUUUGUUUGAUGGCAUCUCUGUUUACAGAGUUUACUCUUUCAUCUCAACCUGUUUCCUCCUCCCCUCUCCUCCUGAGAACUUUACGGCGGAGGAGCUCUUCUUAAGAGGCAAGAAACGCCAGGCGCCUCUUCCAGCGGCAUAAAGCCCUCUCCUCCCCCACCCGCCCACCCACUUUUCGCCUUUCCCCCAGUGACUAAUGCAAGGAUGGCCAGGAGACCUAGGCACAGCAUCUACAGUAGUGAUGACGAGGAUGAAGAUAUUGAGGUUUACGAUCAUGACUAUGAUGGUCUCUUGGCCAAGGGUGGGAAACGUCAUGUAGGAAAAACCAGGUGGACCCGGGAAGAGGAUGAGAAGCUAAAGCAACUUGUGGAGCAGAAUGGCACAGAAGAUUGGAAAGUUAUUGCCAAUUUCCUUCCUAGUCGGACAGAUGUGCAGUGCCAGCAUCGAUGGCAAAAGGUACUAAAUCCAGAGCUUAUCAAGGGCCCAUGGACGAAAGAAGAAGAUCAACGGGUGAUAGAGCUCGUGCAGAAAUAUGGCCCCAAGCGCUGGUCUGUCAUCGCCAAACACUUGAAAGGAAGAAUCGGGAAACAAUGCAGGGAGCGGUGGCAUAACCAUUUGAAUCCAGAAGUUAAAAAAACCUCCUGGACAGAAGAAGAAGAUAGAAUAAUUUACCAGGCGCACAAGAGGCUGGGAAACAGAUGGGCAGAAAUUGCAAAGUUGCUGCCUGGACGAACUGAUAAUGCUAUCAAGAACCACUGGAAUUCUACAAUGCGUCGAAAGGUUGAACAAGAAGGUUAUCUUCAGGAGUCCUCGAAAGCCAGCCAACCUUCAGUUGCUGCCAGUUUCCCGAAGACUAACCAUUUAAUGGGCUUCACCCCUACUCCGCCUUCUGUGCAGCUGCCAACAGCCACUCAGACCACACCUACUAGUGACUACUCCUAUUAUCAUAUUUCUGAGACGCAAAAUGUCUCUGCUCAGAUCCCAUAUCCAGUAGCACUGCAUGUAAAUAUUGUUAAUGUUCCCCAGCCAGCUGCUGCAGCUAUUCAGAGACACUAUAAUGAUGAAGACCCUGAGAAAGAAAAGCGAAUAAAGGAAUUAGAGUUGCUACUAAUGUCGACUGAGAAUGAACUGAAAGGGCAGCAGGCAUUACCAACACAGAACCACACAUCAGAUUACCCAGGGUGGCACAGCACCGCAAUUGCAGACAAUACCAGAAGUAGUGGUAACAGUGCACCCAUUUCCUCUUUGGGGGAGCAUCAUCAUUGCACUCCAUCUCCACCUGUGGAUGAUGGCUGCUUGCCUGAAGAAAGUGCCUCCCCUGCACGGUGCAUGAUCGUUCACCAGAGUAACUUCUUGGAUAAUGUUAAGAAUCUCUUAGAAUUUGCAGAAACGCUUCAGUUAAUAGAUUCCGAUCCUUCAUCAUGGAGUGAUCUCAGCAGUUUUGAAUUCUCUGAAGAAACAGAUGCUUCGCCUGGCCGAGUUCCCUCAGGCAAAGCCCCACAGCUUCAGCAAACAGAAGCCAGGGCGUGUAGGCCUGAAGGACAGCCUCUCACAAACUGGAGUAAAACCAUGUUGAGUCAGGAGUGGCUUGGCUUGCCAAAGUCUUUGACUGCCUCACAAUGUGGCACAGCUCCGUUGGUCAUUCUGCGCACCAAGAGGCUGCAGCCCAGCCACUUAGCAAGUGGCCAUAAUAAGUCCUUCCUUUUUGCUGAUGUCAGCAGCUCAACUCCUAAGCGUUCCCCUGUCAAAAGUCUGCCAUUCUCUCCCUCGCAGUUCUUGAACACCUCAUCCAGCCAAGAAUGUCUAGACUUAGCCAAUCCUACUCUAACUUCCACUCCGCUUUGUACUCAUAAAGUCACUGUGACAACACCACUUUACAGAGACCAAGCAUUUAAGGCACAGAAGGAAAAUAACAUUUUCAGAACUCCAGCUAUCAAAAGAUCAAUAUUGGAGAGUUCUCCAAGAACACCGACUCCAUUUAAAAAUGUACUUGCAAGUCAAGAAUUCAAAUAUGGACCUUUAAAGAUGCUGCCUCAAACUCCAAGUCAUCUUGUAGAUGACCUCCAGGAUGUUAUCAAACAAGAGUCUGAUGAAUCAGGCAUUGUCUCUGGCCUAUGUGAAAGUGGAUCCCCUUUGCUGAAGAAAAUCAAGCAGGAGGUGGAGUCUCCAACAGGUAAAGUUGGAAACUUCUUCUGCUCAAAUCAUUGGGAAGGGGAAGGUCUGAAUACACAGCUUUUCACAUAUACGUCAGCUGUGGAGGAUAUACCGAAUCUGCUUACCAGUUCUAGUUUAAAGAUCCCUCCAUCAGAAGAAGAGGAGAAUGCCCAUAAAUUAUUUACUUUGCAUAGAAACAGAUCAUCAGGUAGCCCACUUCAGCAUUUUAGCAAUGCAUGGGAUUCGGCAUCAUGUGGAAAGACAGAAGACCAGCUGACCUUCUCUGAUCCAGGACGCAAAUACAUGAAUGCAUUCUCAACUCAAACUCUGGUCAUGUAAAUGGUCUUCCAGCUAGCAUUAUGUUUUCUUUUCAAAACACUUCCAGGUGAUUUAGGAUUUACCAUUCCUGUAUAGGAAACCUUUUUUGUAAAUGGGAGAAAAGCCUUUUUGUUGUUGUUGUGGUACAACAUUUGGGAGCAGCACAAAGUGCAUAUAGUCACAAAAGCAUAUAUCUAUUCAAGUUGGAUUUCACCCAACUUUAAAAAAAGCCCUCUGUUUAUUAAUGAAGCUUGCCUAAGUUAUUAGGUAUUGAGUGUGAUUAAAUUAAUAAUAUGA